AUGGUUCAACCAAGGCACCAUUUCCUGUCCUUCGCCAUGUCUCCUGUCAUGGGCUGUGAGACAAUGGAGAAGAUGAUCGUGAGCAAGCUCCGCCCUAGUAGCUUGGUGAACGUAAGCUCCCAGCCGACGAAGCCAGGUCAGGUGACCAACGACCCGCUCUUCUUUAUCGACGAUCUCAACUGUGCUGGCAUGGAGAAGACAACAGGGGAGCAACCAUGUAUGGAGCUUCUUCGCCAGCUGAUGGCCGAGGGUAGCAUUUAUCAACGCGACAACCUCUCGCAUUACUCCCUGGAGAAGACUAACUUCCUCGCCGCGUGUUACCCUCCGGGUACGCAGGGUGUCGGGAGCGGCGUCUCGUGCCACAGCCUCAGCUCCAGGCUGGCCAGGCUCUUCGUGGUCCUGACUUACUUCACGCCCUCCGCCGAGUCCCUCAAUCUCUUGCAUGCUGGGAGCCUUCAGAGCUGGCUGGAGGAGUUUCCCGCCUACUCCCUCAACCACCACUAUGAACUUGCCCAGGCAAUCUUAAAGGCUACCAUCAGCCUUCACUCUCUGAUCAAGAGACAGCUGAUGACCAGUCCCGUCAACCCCCACUACGUCUUUUCUCUCCAUGACGUCAACCGCAUCGUCCAAGGCAUGUUCCUCAUGGCCAGCAGGUCGGGAAGGUCAAAGGGCAGGCAUGGAAGGAGAGGUGGAGGUCAAAGGUCACAAGCUAAAGGAGCCAAUAGAAGCCGGAGAGGGAGAACAGAGAAGCUCCAGAAAGAAGGCCCACCUCCGAUGAUGAGAACCGUCAUUAGACUGUGGUGCCAUGAGGCUUGUAGAACAUACUAUGACAGAAUAGUGUCUACAGAUGACCAAUCCUGGUUUCGGAAUACCCUGGAAGAGGUCAUUCAGACUCAUUUCUGUGGUGGUCCCCCAAAGAGAUAUAGACCUAGCCCACCUCCCAUCCCAGUUCCAGAUCCUGUUCCAGAUCCUGUUCCAGAUCCAGAGAAAGGGGAGGAGACUGAGAUAAUCGAGGAACAGGAUGACUCCGCCCAACCAUCUACCCCUCCCUUGCCGGUCUCCCCUACACCCACGAUGAAUACAGCAACAGAUGAAGCUGAACCCCCUACAGAGGGCGCUACAGGGACCAACGAUGGGGACCAAGAAGUGUUUGAAACCAGCACCCCACCCCUCUCAUUUCCUCACACUGACAUCCCUAUUGAUGUGAAUGGUGAAGGCCCGGGUGGAUUCGAUGCCGAAUCAGAAAUCAGCAUAGCAUCAGCAGUGAGUUCAUUGGAUGUGCCUCUAGAGCUGAAACCAGAUCCUACCAGUACCCCUGCCCCAGUACCAGCGAUAGUCAUGGACCUAGCCCCAGAUACAGAAAGCUCCCAGUCCCCGAGGAUGUUCCAGCCUUGCCCCCCUCCUCCGAGAAGCAAGGCCCUGCAGCCGACGCCCCCCUCCCAGCCCAUGGUACACCCUGCCAUCAAGAAGGAAGGGGAUGAUAGUAAGACAAAGUUGGGGCUCAAGAGAGGGGUGACGUUCAAACCAGGAUUGAUUCUUACCGAUGCAAAGGAGGAGGAUCUGGAUAUCUUUAAGGGACCAUUGAUUGAGAUGAGUCAGCUGAAAGAACCAGAUGAAGAUUUAUGUGCAAUAACCUUCGCCAAAUUUGUGCCUGGAAUCGGGAAAGAAGGAAACUAUGUGGAGUACACUGAAUCUAAGCUCCAAGCAGGACUAGAGAUAUGUCUAGCCCAGUACAAUGCGACCGCCCAACAGAAGAUGGAGCUAGUCUUUUUCACAGAGUCCAUCAGACACAUCGCAAGGCUGACUAGAGUACUUGCAUCUGAAAACGCCAAUGCACUGUUGAUAGGCCUUACCAACGGCACAGGACGUUCCUCCCUCACCCACCUUGCCUCCCACAUGGCCCGCUGUAAGCUCUACACCCCACAGCUGACCAGAGAUCCUGCUGAGAAUCGACGAAGGCUCCGGCACCAGAUGAAACGAGCCAGCAAGACAGCGGGGCUGAUCGCUAGGCCGGCCGUGCUGCUGGUCAAGGAAGACAUCGGACCGGAAGCCAUGGAGGAUGUUUGCUGUCUCAUUCAAGAAGGCACGUGUCCUGACCUGUUUACUGGUGAGGAACUUGAAUCCUUUGCCUCCCAGAUGUUGACUGGAGCCAAGGUUGUAGCAGGACAGCGGAACCAACGUCUUGAGAUGGCACAGGAGAGAUUCCUGAGGACCAUUAUGAAGAAUCUUCAUGUGGUGGUCUGCAUGGAUUGUCAGAAUCACAAUCUGGGAAGUCUUUCUGAUCGUCUGAGAAGGUACCCAAUCCUGCUGAACACCACUCACUGUGUUGAUAGCUAUCUACCCUGGACUCAAGAGGGCCUGGCAAGAGUAGCACAGCACUGGCUGAAGGUACCCACCAGAGAUGCUUACACCGAUAAGCGUAUUCGACUUCCCUGGCCCUCUCACUUCCAAGACCAAGGAGUGGAGGCGCUGUGCCAGGCCAUGGCCUACGUGCACACCACGGCUGCAGCUACCACCGAGAGGCUCUAUGUCAAACCUUUCAAAUUCUUCACUCCGAGGAACUACCUGGAUUUCUUGGACCUCUUCAAGAACCUGACCUACAAGAUCACCAAGGAGGAGAGGGCGAAUGUCGAUAAGUUUGAAGAGGCACUGGACAAGGUGAAUGAGGCUUUUUCCAGCAUAUCUGAUUAUCAUGCCGAGAUUGCUGCCCUCAACCCACAACACCAGAAAGCUAAACAACGUACGGAACAGAUCCUGGAAGAGGUUCAUGAGUGUGAGCAGAUAUUUGCAGAUGCUAGGGGUAAUUGUACUGAGGAUGAAAAGGAGAUCACUGCACUGCAGGAACCUCUCAAUGACAUGAAGAAAGAAGCACAGGCAGAGCUAGAUAAGGUGAACCCUGUGUAUGAAGCAGCUCUCCAUGCCCUAAGGAGCUUGGACAAGUCUGCCCUGAAUGAGCUACGUACAUUCCAUGCUCCACCAAUCAAGGUCAUCAAUGUCAUCAAUGCUGUAUGCCUCAUGUUCAGACAACAAAUGGACUGGUCCAACGGCAAAGUCCUCAUCAACCGCAAGAAUUUCUUCCAGGAGCUGGAAUUCUAUGACAAGACCGCCAUCCCCACCGACAUCUUCCACAAGCUCAACGUGCUCUUCAUCCAGGACCCGACCUUUGACCCCGAGGUCAUCAAGACGGCCAGUGUCGCGGCCAGCUCAUUGUGCAUGUGGGUGCACGCUGUCUAUGCCUAUGCCGUCAUCCAUCGCAACAUGAGACCUAAGCUGCAAGGCGUGGAGGAAGCAGAGGCUAAGGUUCAAGAGGCACAAGGUCAUCUUGGCAGCAAGCGAGUGAAGGCGCAGGACAUGAAAGGAAUUCUGGAGCAGAAGCGCAAGGAAUAUCAAGAGAGUAUCAGACAGGUCAAACUCUAUGAGAAGAAAAUGCAGACCAUUGAGACCAAGAUCAAAGUAGCCACAGACAUGAUGGGCAACAUGGAAGAGCAGCACAAGAGCUGGAAGGACAGUCUGGACCUGUCUAACAGCCACCUCCAGACUGCUCCUGGUGACUCCCUCCUGGCAGCGGCCUGCACCACCUACAUGGGCCCAAUGGAUGAGACCACCAGAGAUCUGGUGCUUGCCGAUUGGCUGCAUGCCUGCAGUAAUGGGAGAUACCAAGUCGGAGCGGGGAGGGCUAGCGCGCCGAUUGGGAGGGAGAAUUCCUUUGCAGCAAGUCCUGCUCUGAAUGCGGCGCGAGAGGUCAAUGGUGUCCUACCUGACAACGACAGCCCUUCAGCAGAAGUUGAUCUUCCUCCGCAGCUGUCCAUCAUUGACGAGGACAACGAUGAUGGCAGCCACGGUUCGACGCCCAGGAGAGAACAGCCAGAAUCUGAGAUUAACCCUGCUGUACCCAUCAGACAGAAUUUCAGUGUAGAAGAUAUCCUUAGUGAUAAGGAAGAGCUAGACAACUGGAGGCACAGCAGCAGCGUGGUGUGCGAUCAGUUCUCAGUGGACAAUGCGCUAUAUACCCGUGCGUGUAUAAUCGGAAGACGGCGUCAGUGGCCACUCCUGAUCGACCCAGAUAACCAAGCUCUUAGCUGGAUAGUGCAGCUGCAGGAGAAAGGAUUGGCUAGUUUCCAUGAAAUUGUAUAUGAAGAGGAAGAAGAGGAGGAAUCUUUCGUCCAGGAUGGUGGUCUGGAGGAAGAACUGAACAACCCCCAGCUGACGGAGGAGCAUCUGAUGGAGAGCAGGAACCUGGAGAGUGUAGCGACCUCAAAUUUUGGUCUGAGUAGGGCAGAUCAGAGCUCUCUUGGGGGAGAGACAGACUAUGGCACAGAGUUUCCUGAAACACCUAGGACACUCACCACGAAUGGUGGAGUCACUCCUAAGGACAACAUGAGCGAGAAAGACUUUGACAUCCACAGCAUGGGCACCAGUAACCACUCCGUGACUAUCCAUCCCUUCUCUGUCGACCUCGACGGUGAGCGACCCUUCUCUAACCUCUGGGUCGUGUCGGCCGACGACUUCCUGCUGGAAGAGAGGUUUAUCCAGUCCGUCGUGAUGGGACUGAGUCUUGUCGUCACCAACCUGGAGAGGAAGGACUUGGAUGUGAAGUUUAAUGACGUGUUGAGUAGGAAUGUGGUGGAGAAUGAGGAAGGGGAGAAGUCGGUGAGGAUCGGAAGCCACAUGUACAGCUACAACACAAGAUUUGCCCUCUAUUUGACAACAUCUGUACCUCUACAGUUGGAUGGUGCAGGCUUCCUGAAGCCCCACACAGACCAGUUCUCUAUGAUUGACAUGUCUGUCAACCAGGAAGGACUGAAGACCCUUCUCCUCAUCGACGUCAUGGAUGCGGAGAGACCUGACUUCGCUAACCAUCAACACUCUGUCAAGGCUGAUAUAAGAGGACAUAAUAAGAUGCUCCUAGAAACACAUCUGGAUAUUCUGAACAAAGUGAUAGAGUUGAACCAUGGUAUCCUCGAGGAUGCUGUAUGGGGCGACACCCUCACCACCCAUCACCAGACGAUCCAGGACACCAGCUCCAACCUCAAGGAGAGCUGCAACCUCCUGGAACAGCUCCUGGUAAAGCAACAUCCUUAUCAAUCUGUCGCAGAGCACGGUACCCUCCUAUACUCCACCAUCAAACGCAUCUGGCAGCUCCUCCCGACGUACUACAUCCCUCUCCGCCGGUUCAUCCGCUGGUACGCCAAGACGCUCCGUGCCCGCGAGAAGGACCGCACCGAUACCGCCUCGCUCAAGGCGCGGGCGGUGGAGCUCUGCAAUGCUCUCACAGAGGAGAUUCAUGCUCAUCUCUCAUGCGGACUCUUCCAGCAUCACUCUGAUCUCUUUGUGUUUCUGGUUGCUAUGGAGAGGAUGCGGUCGUCAGGGGAGAUAUCGCAAGCCGAGUGGGGUCUACUUGUCAAUGGGCUGGAUGGAUCAGUUCCUAGAAAACGGGAAACUGUGUUUGAUGAUGCUAAUGAUAGCACUGUGAUUCCAGAGUGGCUUACUAAUGAGAUUUGGAUUAAAUGUGGUCACCUAGAGCAGUUGGUACCAGCCUUCCAGGGUCUGAGGCAAUCCAUGCUUCGUCACUCCAGCCAGUGGAAGGAAUACUUCUCCUGCAAACCCGUUCUCCUGGCUCCCGUGCCUGGCCCAGACCUUCAGAAUCUCAGCUUCUGCCAGAAGGCUCUGCUGUGGCGGGUGGUCCUGCCCGACCGGCUGGCUGCGAUAUGCAGGCACCUGGUGGUCUACGAGCUGGGGGCCCACACGGCUCGUCCAGAGGUGUACAACGCUGAAGAAGUCCUGCAGAGGACCUCCAGGAACAUCCCUCUGAUCUUUGUCCUUCCUGCAAGCUACCAUGAUGGGGAACAGACUGGAAUGGAAGGUCACACAGUAAUAGAUCCCCUUGCUGAGAUCACUCUCUACUGCAAGCAGAAGAACGUCCGCACUGUUAUCAACACCGUCUCGCUGGGCAAUGAGAAGCAGAUGAGUCAGGCUGUGGAUGCCUUGCAGGAAUGUGUCAUGCAUGGUCAUUGGCUGAUUCUCAACAACUGCCAGACUGUCGACCAGUGGAGUGAAGAGUUCCUUCAAAUCAUCCAGCACCUUGUGACUCCUGCAACUAAUGUUGAUAAGACUCUGCCUGCCAAGCCUGUGGAGAAGACAAAGCGAGACGACUCCACAAUAACAGACACUAUGUCCCAGGCAUCUCGUUGCCCGUCCAGUAUGUACGAGGGUAUGGAAGUGCAUUCUAACUUCAAGCUUAUCUUCAUCACUACGGCUGACAGCAAGACUCCUCUUCCUGGGUUAGUGAUUCAGAAUGGUAUGCAGGUGGCUUGUCAGACCAAUACUAACUUCAAAGCGACACUGAGGACCUUCUUCAACCAAGCCAUGGCUGCUGUAGAUCAACAUAAACACAUGGUCACCACUACACAGGCCAAGAGUUUGACCGAGUUAGUAUUCUGUAUGGCCCUGCUUCACACUGUGCUCUCACAUAGAAGGCUGUUCUAUCAACUUGGCUUCAACAAAGACUACUCAUGGGGAGUGUCGGACCUGAAGGCUAUGAUGUCAUGUCUUAAUUGGUGCCACAAAGGGGAAUCCCCUUGGGAGAGCAUCCAGACCCUGAGGACAUUUAUCAGUCACCUGGUGUACGGUGGUCAUGCUGACAUCCUGGAUGAUGCUGAGAUUGUGGAUUCCUUGAUUGACAGCCUGCUCCAGCCAUGGGCAAGUCUCAAGAAAAUGCCCUCUUCCAUGGGAGCGGAAUCUCUUCUUGCUUCUCUAGUGACCGAGAUGAGCCGAGGGAGGCGCUCAGGUAGCUCCGGCGCUAACAUGGUCGCUAGGAGAUUCCAGCAUCUUUUCAAUACGAUGCAGGAUGAUGUGGAGCCGGCUCAUCUCGGGUUAGCACCCAAUGCACAGAAGCUCCAAGAGAAAAGAUCAAGCAGAUAUCUAUCUGAUGCUCUCCAAGCUCUUGAACGUUGUAGACCUGUCCAUCAAACCUGGUGUUGCCAGUCCCUUCCCAAGCUCCUCCUCUCCCUGGAGGAAGAACUCUCAUGUAUCCCACCGCUGCCACCGGCAUCUCCAGAAUCCCUCAACCAUCUCCAGAACUUCAUCUCCGCCGAGAUCUCCAUCCUGUCCGGUCUCCUUGACCGAGUCCAGGCUGACCUUGACCUCCUCCUGAAGGCGGUCGUAGGAGAGGCCGCCCUCGCGCCUGACGUCCAUGACAUCCUCACCGCUCUCGGCUGCAACGUCAUCCCCAGCAGGUGGGCCCUUCGAAGGGGUGGUGUCCCUCCGAGCAGGACCUUGUUGCCGGACUGGAUGAAGGCAUUGAGGAAGACGGUGGAGGCCAUGCAUGGCUAUGUGGAUAUGGGUGAAGCUGUGGCACCAUACUACAGACUGGAAUCCUUUUCUCACCCUAAGGCGUUCAUGGAUGCUGUUAUGCUGGAACAUGGGAGAAAGGAAUAUCUGGAACUACACCAGCUUCAGAUGGACAUUGAGGUUACAGGCAUGGAGAAAUGCCCAUCGAAGGCCCCUGCCCAAGGGGUCUACCUGUUGGGUCUCGCCCUCCACAAUGCAAACUGGGACCCCAAACGCUCUCUCAUCCAUCUUCCCAACUCCACCUCUCCAUCCCACCACUCUUCUCCUCUUCCUGUUGUAUGGCUCAAGCCCACAGCCAUUGAGCACCAUGCACAAGCAGGAAGUGAGAAGGGAUCACCACUCUCUGUCUACCCUUGUCCAGUGCACAUUGGAGAUGUGCGUACGGAGGAGCUUUACAGGAGCGAGGCAGUGUUGAAGGUUGAUCUAGCCUGCACUUUAGAUUCCAACAUGUGGAAACUGAAGAGAGUUUAUGCUACGUCUUCAUGAGUAUCUCCAUUGAAGCAAGGAUAACCAUACAACCUUUCUGAUGAUAAACUAUUAAUUUUACAAUACAUAUGUAGAAUUAGUAAUUAAAUAAUCUUGUGUGCAAGUAAUACAUCAACAUGUUGUACAACAGAAAGUAAGACAUCGAAAACAAAAGUUUUAACAUUGUUUUGAAUAAAACAUCAGUAGAAGGCUGUAUAAUUAUAUAGCAAAAAUGAAGGUUCUGACAUUUAAAAAGAUGAGAACUUGCUAAAAUAUCAAGGUUGUUUCAUGUAAACAUUGUAUUAUAAUUAUGAGUAUUAUACCUACUGUAACAUGAUACUUCUCUCAAAUGAGUUCCAUAUAAUUCUACUAUAAUGCAAUAAUAAGAAGAUUACUAAAUGUUUCUAAGCAAUGCAAUUACUCUACAAGACUGUAAUUAAGUGAAAGCUAUGUUUAUACUACAAACACUAUGUAUGUGAACUUGGUAAAUGAAUAGCAUCUAAUGACAUGUAAACACUACUACAUUCUGUUUACACAUUCCGUCCAAAUGUAUGCGUAUUCAAUAGCAACUAGUACUAUAUAUACAUGUAUGUCCUAUUUAAUACAUUUAUCAAAUCUUAUAGAAUCUGAUGCAAAAUGCAACACCUUGACACUACAGUGACAUCGAAGUAUAAUUCAAUUGUGCUUAUCGUCAUUUGUAACAUAUUUUAUGGAUAAUAUAUUCUAUUGAUUUCUAUGUACAGCACACGUUUGGGUUUGACAUUUUAAUUAUCUUUGGUUGGAUAAGUAUGAAACUGAAAGGUUUGAUAAAAAUUAGAUUUUGAUUAUAUAACCAUUAUCCAUUCCAUCCAUUUUUGUACAUAUCUGUAUAGAACAUUAUAUGUCAAAACUUACAUGUGUAAAAGCUUGACAUAGUGCCAUUCAUACACCUUUUCUUAGGUACAUGUAAAUCUGAAGUGUUGUAUAGUAUCGUGAUAUAUUAAGAUUAUUUUAAUUCAUUCAAUAUAGCUUUAUACAACAAAAGUAUUCAAUUAUUAUGAAGCAAGUGAUGAAAAGUAACUGAUUUAUAUAUAAUCAAAUAGAUAUGUAUAUAAAAGAAAUAAAGAGUUUUUUUUAUUAAUAUACUAACUGCAAAAUUCAUUUUGCCAUUUGCACCAUACACUGUACAUGCUAUCAAUGACACAUGAGACAUAAGUCUAUACAUGAACAUUCAGUCUAUCCCACCAACUGUAAGAUAAUUUAUCUUUAUAUUUGCUCUGCCAUCUGUGUGAAUUAAUUCAGUUAAUUAGUUAAUUGCUAUACUUUGUUCAGAAUCAUUAUGAAGAUAUUAUAGUAGUGAAAAUGAAGUUAAUUAAUAUUAAUACUUUUGUACAUUUGUAAAUAUGCAAUGGCUUUGUGAAAAUGAAAUUGUUUAGUAUUCAUGUAAUUAUACAUGGUUUACAAUAUGUCAGUGUAGCUAUUGCAGGUAUUUAUUUUAGAGUAUAUAAGUAUGGAUGUUAUGAGAAAAAGGGGGAAAAGAACCCUCACACACAAAGCACUAGCUAUAAGUCUUUCUAUAAGUGGUCAAUGAUUGUACAUACUAAGCUUGACGAAAACAUUCCAUCCAUUUCAUCUAUGCACUUCUUUCCUGUUUUUAGCUUUUUUUGCUGUAAGAUAAUUCAGAAAUAUAUGUGUGCCUAUACAUGUAUAUAAUAGCACUUGGUGUUUAUAUACUGUGAAAGUGUGUCGAUUGUUGUGUGAUAAUAAAUCUAAACAUGGUAUUAGAUCCGA